AUGCUCUUCCCCAUGUACACCGUAGCGGUGGAGCUGGUAUUAGAGAUGACGGAAGUGCUGCCGCACGAAGAGCUGAAGGCGAAACGGCAGCUUACCGUCUUUGAGGACGACGUGGGAGCGAGGGCUGCCUUCGUUUCCCACCAAUGGGUCGCGAGGCACCACCCGGACCCCGAGUUCGCGCAGAUGAGCGUCUUGCAGCGCGCCUUGCAGCGUCUCCUGGCCAGGAAUGUCGUGCCAAUAGACCUUGCAACAGAAACUUAUUUGCCAACUGCCACACCCCUGCCGAUGCGCGAGUUUCAGACCUCUUCCUUGUUUCUGUGGUAUGACUAUUUCUCCGUCCCGCAGCUCGAGCAGUGCGACCAGGCCAAGGCAAUCAACAGCAUCCCGGCGUACGUGGCCAAGUGCGUGCUCUUUCUCGUGCUCUGCCCGACGAUUGAGUGCCCGUCGGCUUCGAAAGUGCUCGGAGCAUUGACUUGGUCCCAAAGAGGAUGGUGUGCAUUGGAACGAACAGCCCGCGAGCUGUCCCCAUGCAGCUCCUGGAUCCUGAUCCAGAGUAGCACCUGCGUUGAACUUGUGGGCGGCAGGAUAUCGUUUCCCAGAGUUUCAGUCGGAGAAGGCAACUUCGCCAAGGAAGAGGACCGGCAGAAGCUAGCACCGGUGAUGCGGAACAUCGUGAUGAGCAAGAUCAUGCACUGUCUGCGAGUAGGAGACUUGCCCGGCUUCCGCAUCCAAUUCAACGCGCAGAGUGUUUAUCUGCGGGGUCUGGAUGUCGAGCCCGUCAGUAGCAUCCUCCCAGACAACAACGCUGACCAAGCUGACAUUAGAGACGCAGUGGGACAUUUUCUUUACCAGAAUGGUCUCACAAAGAUCAACGAAGCUGACAGCGGGGGCUGGUGGCCGCUGCACUACGCAGCCCUUGCCGGGAAGGCGGAGGUCGUCCGAGGCCUUCUGCAGCAGCGAGCUGCAGUGAACCAGCGAACUUCAAAGGAAGUGUUGAGCCUGGGCGUAUCGAGGUGGGUGUCAGCAUUGGACGUGGCAGUUCUCUUUAAACGGCACGAGGCUGCUCGGCUUCUGAUCAGCGCCCGGGCCAACCUCGAGGGCGGCAUCGUCUCAGCCAUGCAGUGCGCUGCCGCAGCGGACAGCAGAGAGGCAAUCAAGAUGCUGUGUGCAGCGGAGGGUAAGCCGCUGGCGCGGGACCUCAUUGGAAUCAGCUCCUUCGACACAGCAAGUAGCUUCAAUUGCCAGAUGGCCGUGGACGAGCUGGUGGCCCAGGCCCAGCUAAACCCUCUGGUGCUCUCCAAAGGACUCCACAUAGCAACCUUUUUUCGGGGCGGGUCCGCAGACCUGGUGCAGUACCUCCUGGACCUGCAAGCAGACAUCGAUUUCCGAUUUGACAUGAAGCGCGAUUACAGUCGCCUAGGCCGGCUGCUCGUCGGAGCCAAGGCCCUGCAGUACCGGCUCGGUAAAGCCACAGCGCUGUCCACGCUGGCUUACCACAUCCACGGCAGCACGCCGCUGAUGCAAGCCGUGCGGUCGGCUCAAUACGAGGCCGCUGCCACCCUCAUCGCUUGCGGUGCCCAGCUGGAGCUCCGGAACUGUCGGGGCUGGACCGCAGCCGACUUUGCCGAGGGCCAGUCUAUUCCGCGCUUCCUGCAGAAAGGAUUGGACGGAGACCGGUCAGAAUGCAAGCAGGUCGCCUCUCUCGCGCUGAAACAUGGCACGAUCGAGGUGGUUUUGUGA